AUGUUGCUAAAAGAAGCGUCAACCAUGCUGCACCCAUCGGUGGAAUACCGCCUGGAUAAAGGACUUAUGGGACUUUUAUGCUGUGAUAGGGAUGAAAGCUUUGAAGAUUUGGCUCGAAGAUUUAGUACAAAUUCUUUCGUCUCACCUUAUCUAAACUGGGAAUCCGACACACUGGACCUUCUGGCUCGCACUAGCACCAGAUUAAGGGUUACCAAAAUUAAGGUAUCUCCAGACGACCGUUACUUAGCUGUAGAAUAUUCAGUAGCAGAUGGGUUGCGUCAACUCAUUGGUAUUUGGAGCGGUGGUCUAUCUACAAAAAAUGGCAGUUUACUGGCUGGAUUGGCCCGC